GUAUACAAAUAAAAAUAAUGGCCGAUUUGGUCUAGUAGUGUUCUUCAUGUUUUGACUUAGUGUGUGUAUAAAAACUUAAAAUAUUUAUUAACAAUUAUGUUAAAAAUAAUUCGGUGAGAUUAACUUCAAUUCCAAAUGAACUAAAAAGUGUGUGAUUAUGUACGGUAGAAAAUUAGAACUUUAUACUAGUGAACCUUCUAGCACGGAAUCUAAAACCGUGAAGAAUGGCUUAUCAGGUUUACCAACGUCGGGAGUUACUAUGCGAGAAAAGAAGAGCGGGGCUCUGUCUCGAAUGCAAAAGCUCAAAAAGAGGUUGUCACAUUCUUUUGGACGAUUAUCCGUAUCGAAGGAAGAAGCGGAAGAACACAACCACCACGGUAAAUUACCUUACAAUGGUUACAGUGAUGAAUUUCUAGAUCGACUAGAACCAAAUGGAAAUAUACCUGCCGGAAAGAAUAUUAGAUACGGCGAGUAUUCCACUUACGGUCCAAGCGGAGAAAUGGGUUCAAUGCGGAGCGCACAAUCAGCUGAAUGGAAUAAUGUCGGUGGACACGACAGGGUCAAGAGGCAAUUAUCGGUUUCUAGCGAUAGUAAAUUAUUAGACGAAGAUAUUCGAGAAGAGACUAAAGUGAUACUGAGGCCGAGAAAACCCCCGAGACCUAAAUCGGAAGUUUUGCUCAAUCAGGGUGGUGAUAAUCGACGAACGAAGCGAUAUUCGGCGUUCGGGGGCGAUUCACCCUUCGGGAAAUCAGAAGCUUAUAUUAAAUUAGAACAAUUAGGUGAAGGUUCAUACGCGACUGUGUACAAAGGAUUUAGCAAUUUACAAAAUCAAGUUGUGGCGUUAAAAGAAAUAAUCCUCCAAGAAGAAGAAGGUGCUCCAUUUACAGCAAUCCGAGAAGCUUCCUUAUUAAAAGAACUGAAACACGCGAAUAUCGUCACUUUACAUGACAUCGUACAUACCAGACAGACACUGACAUUCGUCUUCGAAUACGUCCAUACGGAUCUAUCGCAAUAUUUAGAACGACACAGCGGCGGUUUGGAUCCCAGAAACGUCAGACUGUUCCUCUUCCAAUUACUUAGAGGUCUCGCAUAUUGCCACAAAAGAAGAGUCCUCCAUCGCGACGUCAAACCCCAAAAUCUCCUAAUCAGCGAAAUCGGCGAAUUAAAAUUAGCAGAUUUCGGUUUGGCGCGAGCCAAAUCCGUACCGAGCCAUACGUACUCCCACGAGGUCGUUACCUUAUGGUACCGACCGCCCGACGUACUAUUAGGCAGCACCGAUUAUUCUACGUCGUUAGAUAUGUGGGGCGUCGGUUGUAUAUUCGUCGAAAUGAUAACAGGAAUGGCGAUAUUUCCAGGAGUCCGUGAUACCUACGAUCAACUAGAUAAAAUAUUCAAGAUUCUUGGUACUCCGACAGAAGAAGAUUGGCCGGGGGUUAGUCAACUACCAGGGUAUCACAAAAUACACAAAUUGGGGCAGUACAAACCUCGUAAAUUGGGUUUUUGUUGGUCAGCGCUCCACGAUAUCGUACACGGUGAAAGUAUGGCUAGCGGUCUGCUCCAAUUGAAUCCUCAACUACGAUUAGGCGCCGAAGAAGCCAUGGUACAUCCUUAUUUCGAUGGGUUACCUAAGAAGCUACUAGAACUACCGGACGACUGUUCGAUAUUUACUGUUGAGGGUGUGCAUCUCUAUCCGGAACAGUAUUCGUCAGUUAAAUGAGGGUGGUCUUGAUACCCUCUUGGGAAGAAAAGUAUCUUGAAACAAUGAAAAAUAUCUCGUCAGCUCUAGCAAAAAAAAAUGUCGACGUUAUUUGUUCUUUUUUUUCGCGUAUUUGAUAUCGUCAUAACGAAAUAAUUCGAUUUAUAUUUCGAAUGGGUUCAGUUUCACGCGAUUCGCGUUUUUUUCGUCGGACAUUCGGUGUAAUAAGCACGGUUUCUAUAGGGAAAGUUGUUAACCCGUUAUGAAUUUUAUAUUCUUCUGCUCAUUUUAAUUUAUACUCUAAAUGGGUUACGUUUUACAUCUACUUUAUUUUUUGGGAUGGGACAUUCGGUAUAUAUAUAUAUAUAUAUAUAUAUAUAUAUAUAUAUAUAUAUAUUUCAAAUGAGGUAAUAGCAAGUUUUUGGGGACAUUUGGUAUAGCAAAAACUAUUUUUUUCAAAAAAAAAUCUGUUUUAUAUUUCAUUUCUGUGUGCUUUGUAUAUUUGUACGAAAUCAAUUAUCACUAGAGUUUGUCCUAAAUUUUUUGGGACAUUCGAUAUAAUAAAAAUGAUUUUUUGAGAUAAAAAAUAAUCUUUUUUUCUGUUUGCAACUACUGUCACUCAAUUUUAUUAUAUUUGAAAUGAGUUUUGUUUAACAUCAAUAGCAAGUUUUUAGGGACAUUUGGUAUAGUAAAAACGAUUUUUAUCAAAAAAAAUCUUACACUUGUUGCUGCUUUGUAUAUAUGUACAAAAUCAAUCACCACAACAGUAUAUCCUACUUUUUUUGGAACAUUAGGUAUAAUAAUAACAACCAUUUUCGUAACAGAAAUUGUAUUUAUUUUAGUUUGUUUCCAAACUAAUUUAUAUUUUAUAUCAAUCGCUUUUUUGAAAGGACAUCCUGUAUAGUAGUAGGUUUACGUAAAAAAAAUAUUUACCUUUCAGUUAUCGCUGUUUUGAAAAAUUAUACAAAACUCAUUUUUAAUAUGGUGCUUUAGUGGGACAUUCAUUAUAGUCAAAAUGGAUUUUAUUAUUUCAAAUUAUAUUUGAAAUAAAUUGAUUUUUACAUCGAUCUCGACUUUUUAACACCAACAUCGAUUUUUUAUGGGACAGUCUAUAUAAUAAUAUUUUCUUUUGGGGAAAUUGUAAACCGGUUUUCAAUUUUCACAUUCUGCCGCUCAAUUUGAUCUAUAUCUGAAAUUAAUUGAUUUCCUCAACAACCUCAAUUUUUUAUUGAACCGCAUUUUUUAUAGGACAUUCGAUAUGGUAAUAAAAGGUUUUGAACAAAAAAAUGUACACUCAUUUUGUAUUCCAAAAGUUAAAUUUAUAGAAAACUGCUUCUUCCUAAUUGUUUCGUGGGACAUUCGGUAUAGCAACAACGAUUUUUAAAAAAAAAUUGCAACUUCUUUUGAACAUACAGUAGAGUGAAAAUCGUAUCUAAAUUAUUUUAUAUAUAUUAAUAAAAUAUUUUUUUAAUCAAGAAAUUUUUUUAGUUUUCCAAAAAGAACUCUCUGAUUGAAGCUGUAUUUUUCAAAAAGGGUUUCUGCAUACAUAAAGUUCAAAUUAUAAAGCAAUCAUCACUUAAAAGAAAACUAAAGGCGAAUUUGAAUGAACAAACUAUAUAAUGAUAAACCCUUUUACUCCCACCUACUCUCAUUAUCCAAUCUAUACAGUGUUGCCACUUGUUUCAUAACGACUGUAACAUCGUAAAUUUUCGCCGAGCGAUCUGUAUUUACGCAGAUUAGAAUGUAAGACAGGGUGUUUGUAACACAUAUUAUUAUUUUUUAAUAUUAGUUUAGGAAUGUAAAAAAAAAAUCUUUGUGAUACGUAACGUUAGUGUUAAUUCUGGUAAGUUUGUAGACUGAAAAAAAUAAUUUAUGCAGCUGGGCGCGAUUUUUGAUAUUUGACUUGUUAAAAUUAACAAUUUUCGGAAUUUAAGAGCAAACGAAUGUCAUAAAUGGUGCUGGUUGUAUUGUAAAAGUUUUUGGUCGAUUCCGAAACAAUAGUGAUGAUUAUAAAGUGAAACACUCACUCUCACACACACACACACACACCAAACCAUUCCUUCCAUGGUGCUCAAUUACUAUAGACUAGUUUGCUGGAGGAAAUAAAAUUUGCGAAAAUCUGUUAAGCUCUUUGAAUAAUACGGUUACUGUAAAAGAAUAUCAUUUUUCAUUUUUUUUUUCAUUAUUUAUUUUGUUUGUGGCUACAUUUUUUGUAGUAGCUUAAAAUUAUACGCUGCCAUGCAGCGGAACUGAAGUUUCCCAAACUGAGAUUGACAUUGCCUUGCCUACUCAGAUACAAUAAUUUCUUUUACAUAAAAAACAUGUGAAGUGAGGUUAUAUUUGAUUGUUUUAGUUCCCCGUAAAUGUCUGUACUAAAAUUCGAAUUUAUAUGCGAAAAAUCGAAAAUGGUAAGGCCCUGCUAUUUUCUUCAUAUGAAAAAUCUAAUUGAAAAUGGUGAGGCCCUGCUAUGUUAUUCAUAUAAAAAAAUCUCCUAAUUGGCUUUUACAAAAAACAAAUUUUAUGAUGAUUAGAUUAUGCAAGAUACUGCAAGGUACUUCACAUCAGAUGAAUGUCAUUAUUGAAGACGAUGAGCCUCUUUCAGUUACUUCACAUUCGAAGAAUGUGAUUUUGUAUAAUGAUAAAGUUCUAUCUCUACAACCAAAAAAUGCGGUAUUGGUGAUCGUAAGGCUAUGCUAUAUUCUUCACAUGCAAAAAAUGGAAAUGAAGGUGACUAAAAAGUCAUUUACAGUUCCCAAUCUUAAAAUUGUUAGUAUUUGUAAUGGUAGGUAAGGCCUCGUUAUGGUUUUUCAAAUUCGACAAAUGUGAGUUUUGUAACUGUUCGGUUCUUCACAACCACAAAUUACAGUUGUUAUUGAUUACAAGGACCUGUCAGAUUUUUUACACUCAAAAAAUGUGAUUUUUCACGACUCUGCUUGAUACUUUAAAGAACAUUAAAAAAAUGUCCUUAUUGAAUAUACUGAACGAGAAAAAUCUGAUUGUUCAAAAUGGUAAGGCCCUGCUACAUGAUAUUCAUUUGGAAAAUUAAAUUUUUAAAGAUUGAAAGGUUCUACUAGAUUCUUUACAUUAAAAAAAUAUUCAUUAGGGUAAGGUUCUGCUAUGCCCUCCACAUUAUAAAAAUCUGACUGUUCAAUAUGGAAAGAACCUGCUUAAUGAUUCGUAUUUGCAUUCUAAAGAUGGAAAGUCCUAUUAGAUUCUUCACAAUUAAUAAACAAUUAUUAUCUAUAAUAGUCAAACCCUACUGUGUUCUUCACACUUGAAAAAUAUGAUUGUUUAAUAUGGUAACGCCCUAAUAGAUGAUUUACAUUUGGAAAAUUUAUUUUUUGAGGAUGGAAAGGCUAUAUUAGUUUCUUCACAUACAAUAAAUUGUCACUAUAAUGGUAAGGCUCUGCUGUGUCUCUUCACGCUCGAAAAAUCUAUUUUUCUAGAUGGUGAGGCCCUGCUAGAGGAAUCGCAUUUAAAAAACUUAAUUAUUGGAGAUGUUGAGGAUCAUAAAGUACAGACAUUUACGAGAGUAAUUUUGGAUAAUGAUCUUGAUGACGAAAAAAGAAAUAUAUUUCGACUUCUAUAUUCACCUUUCUUGUGAAGGGACCGAAAUAAACUUACACUCUCAAAUUUAUUCUUGUAAAUAUUGUACAAAAAGGUUUUAUUGUUGAAUCUUACCAAUUACACUGUUGUUUUUUUGCAUUUAGAAUUUUUUUAGUUGUAAUGGUUUAUCUAGAAACAGAAGAAGGUAGUGUCGUAUCGGCUACUUAGUAAUUUAGUCAUUAUGUAACUAGAGGUUCUUAGCAAAUCUAAAUCCAUAUAAUGCAGCGUCGACAAUAAUCUACCUAACGAGGAUCGUUGGUGUUUAAUAAAUUUUGUAUUGGCAGCUUUAAUUUUAUUUUUCUUCUCGUUGUUUUUUUAUCAUCAUCAUUUAAAAUUCAAAAUAUUCACCACCUUGGUCACAAAUUGAACGCAGCUGAUGUGAAAGUGACAAAUAGUUAUAGAAUUUGUUGCGAUUCGGAUGCGGUACCGCAUUGUGUAACCAGUCCCUAACCCCUAUAUGAUUGAAAACCGUUAGGCAGCUAUUGUUGAACAUUAGUAAUCAAUUAUUAACUAAAAAAAUUAGCGACUAUGGAUUUAGACUAUUAUUUUGUACAUUUUUAUUUUUUUAGUUAUUUUUUGGAUCUAAGGUAGCCAUAUCGUGAAGACUUUUGUAACCGUCUAGUUGAAUAUCCAAAAAAAAUUAUUACAAGUGAUAAAAAUGAGAGAAUAUGACGUAAAAUCUAGAAAAAAACUCUCAUUAAGUGCCAAAGGGCAACAGCUUUAGCUCUAGCUACAAUAUAUUCGAUUUAGUUAUCAUUUUUUUCACAAGUGUAUCUUUAAAGUGAUUAAUCUGAAAUAUUUAGAAAAUUUACACAAUUUAUCGCCAUGUUUGAUUAAAGCGCCAUUUUUUAUAUAAGCGCCAUCUUGAAUUUAAAACUGAUUAUCGUUUUUAAGGUAUCCUAGUGGAAUGUGAUACUAUAGAUUUGAUCAAAAGUAGUUUCGUGAUAAUUUAGGCCUAAAACCUCUUAUUUUUUCUUCUUUUUCUUAAUUGAAAAGGCACUAAGUUUUGCGGCAAUGCACCCCUCCAAUUUUCGUCCAAUACGCGUCUUUUACAACGUUUAAAUGUAGAUGGCGUGUUACAUAUUAGCGUUUAGACUAUAUUUCACAUCCAAAGCUCCGUGCAUGCUUUAGCGCACAAUUUGGUUAAUUUUACAACAAUAAAUAAAUCAAAAAAAAUCAAAUCGCUAAAUUUUGGAAAAUGAUAUUUAACACUAUAAAUUAAUUACACGUCUUCUAAACUCAUUCUUCUUAUAAUUACAACACAAGAUAGAGAAUACGUGAUAUUUUUGGAAUAUCUCGGCAUUGCUCGUACGUGUUCGUCCGUGUAGUUCUGGUGUGAUGUAAUAGUGCUUAUUAUACACUACGUCGAGUGCUCGAGUGACUUUGACGAACGUAUAUCGCCAUUAAAUAAUUUUUCGAACAUAUAAAUAUCAUUUUCCAAAAAAAUUUUUUAUAUAGUAUACAAAUUUAGUGCGAAGUAUGUCAAAUUGUUAUAUUUUUUUGGUUUGUUGACGAUGUAUUUAUAUAAAUGCGGUGACAUAUUGUUAUGUUGAUGAAAACUGCGAAAAAAUGGUGUACGGAAAACAUAAAUAUCGUUACACUGUAAAUAGAAAUAGUUGUUUAUAAUAUAAGAAUAUCGAAAAUAUUAAUAAAUGUCUUUAU